GGAAUAACAAGCAAAAUUCUGACUGAGGACAAUGUAUCAGUUUUGGGGAACAUGUGCUGCAUACUCGAUGGCUCCUACAUCCAAAACUCUCAUCCAUCCAUACUGGAACGACUCAAAAACUGUCCAGAUCUCACUGUUGAACAAACAUCUGCAGUUGUAACCCUUCUGACGAAUGGAAAUACACCAUAUGGAGUUCCUUCAACAUGGAAUGAACAGACUCUAAAAGACCUUGGGAUGUUUACUCUGUAUUUGCCUUCAUCUUUUUAUCUACGUUUUGAUCGAGACACAAAGCGCAACUUCUUGAGAUACUUUCUGAAAGUUUUUGGUGGAGUGAGCAGAGAACAGAGGAGGCGACUGAAGAGAGAGAUAAGACAGUCCAUCACAAGUGAUUCAGAACAAACUGCAGAAUGCACAGCUGGAGUAAUCACACAGGUCACAAUCAGUGACCCCGCCUUCCCCUUUGACUAUAGCGUCAAUCAAUUCAACAACUGUCUGUCAGUUUCAACCAUCAAAGACAACUUGGAUGCAAUCACAGAAAAGGUGGAUGAGGAGGAAUACCUCAGGAUUGUUCUCCAGAAACUGAAAGAGGCUGGGAACUCCAUCAUCUCAGAAGAUCAGGUUCAGCUCCUAAGUGCAGCUUCUCGUGUUGCCACUGUUGAAGACAUUCGUUCAUGGACCAUCAGCAAAAUCGACACACUUGCUGCUUUGAUGGACUCUUCCAAUGGAGGCUGGGACCCAAGCUUAGUGAAAGUUAUCAUCUCUAAGUAUCUGGCUGUUGGAGGAAACAGACUGGGCAGCGCAGAGCUGAACAUUAUCGGAGGACCUAAUCUCUGCUCUCUGGAUGUUGAUAUAAUCAGAACUAUCUCAUCACGAAAUUUCAGGUAAGAAAAGGGAGUGAGUUUAAGCUCACAAUAAUUGACAGUAAAUAAAGUGAAAAUAUUGAUCCUCACAUCUCAGCACUUGUAAAAAAACUGCUGAUUUAAUGUUAAAGGUCAAAGGUUAUAAAUUAUAAAGCUAAAAAACUUUAACAUCUCCAAGAGCAGUUUUGACCCAAUUUCAUUGUGCCUGAUCAAAGCACUUAUAUUAGGAGAUUACAAACAUAAAUAAAACAUUUUCACAAAAGUUAAAAAUGUACCCGAUUAAAAAUCUUAAUAUCAAGAAUAACUUUUUCUAUUGCAAAACAUUUUUUUUGUUUUUUUUUUUCUUAUUUGUUAUCCUAUCAUGUUCUGAGAUCAAUAGUACAACAGUUUAAGUAGUAACCAUGGCAUUAGCUGACAUUUAUUUAUUUAUUUAAUUAUUAAAGUAAAAUGGUGCCAUUUUAUUUAAGCUCCUCUUGUUAUUGGUGAAAACUACUGUACUGGGAAAAUCUUUGAAUGAUCACAUGAACAUGCUCAUAAGCACCUUUGAUUAUAUUCCCAUAAAAAGUAGGGCUUCUCUCCUAACAUUGUUCACGUCUACAUGUAUUAGCAAUGAGCCCUUAAGAUAAGGUGAAGCUUCUAUGAGGGAGCCAUUAAAACAAGGGGAUGGCAUCUGUUCCGCGCACUAGCUCUAGUGGUGAAAAAGCACGAAGGACAUUUGGUCAUUUUUGUGCUGGUGUAUCCAGUAAAAGUGUGGUUCCUCAUAAGUUAAAAAGUUAAACUUAGAGACUGGGAAUUCUUUUGCUUGCAAAAAAUGUUGUUUUGGCCCAACGGUAGAUGCCUGAUACCUGGACCACCAUUUCUUUGUGCAGUUUCCA